GUAAUUACGAGCCCAAGAGACAGAAAGGGCCACAUGAACCAGAGACUGCGUCAUCCUGAGACCAGAACUAGAUGGUGCCCAGCUACAACCAAUGACUGCCCUGACAGGGAACACAACAGAGAACCCUUGAGGGAGCAGGAGAGCAGUGGGAUGCAGAACCCAAAUUGUCAUAAAAAGACCAGACUUAAUGAUCUGACUGAGACUGGAAGGACCCUGGUGGUCAUGGCCCCCAGACCUUCUGUUGGCCCAGGACGGGAACCAUUCCCGAAGCCAACUCUUCAGGCAUGGAUUGGACUGGACAAUGAGUUGGAGAGGGAUGCUGGUGAGGAGUGAGUUUCUUGGAUCGGGUGAACACUUGAGACUGUGUUGGCAUCUCCUGCCUGGAGGGGAGAUGAGAGGGUGGAGGGGGUUAGAAGCUGGUGAAAUGGACAUGAAAAGAGAGAGUGGAGGGAGAGCAGGCUGUCUUAUUAGGGGGAGAGUAAUUGGGAGUACGUAGCAAGGUGCACAUAAGUUUUUAUGUGAGAGACUGACUUGAUUUGUAAACUUUCACUUAAAGCACAAUAAAAAUUAUAUUAAAAAAAAAAAAAAAAGAGGAGGGAACUGUCACCCAGAGAGGCUGGUCCCUCAGCCAGGCGGCAGGGCUCGUGGGGCCCAGACAUUUUAUCUCUAGACACGGGGCUCUUCUCCCGACGACACCCAGCCUGACAGUACCUCAGCCUCUGCCUCUCCUCCCUGCUGGCCUCCCCAGAGUUAACAGCCGCUUGGCUCAGUCCUUGGCCAGCAGCUCCAGCCCAAACAGGCUGCACCCACAUUCCCUGGCUGCUGUCCAGCCUGCAGGAGCUGAGACAACAACGAUCAGUGACUGAACCAAACUGAGGAGGGAGGCUGCUGAAAGGGAGGAAGCAGCAAGGAGCUACCGAGCAGAGACGGAAUGUCCAGCAUCCAGAUGCUAGGCCUCCUGGGGAGCCCAACCCUUGUGGGCUUGAUUGUGGGCACUGCUGUGGCUGUUCUGCUAUUGCUGCUGCUGCUGGCCACCUGUCUGUACCAUGGUCAGCAGGAUCGAGAUGUGGAGAGGAACCGUCCAGCUGCAGGAGGAAACCGAGUCUUGUGGGCUGGGCCUUGGCUCUUCCGGGGCCGGGGCUGGGGCCACAGGGGACGCCUUCACCAUCCCCAUCAUCCUGGCCAUGUGUCUCCUAUGCUCCAUGCUGGCCUCCACCACCACCACCACCACCACCUGCACCACCCUCCCCACCACCUCCACCACCACCACCACCCUCAUCGAGGCCGCCGCUGAUGCCUGUGGGUAGCUGUCGCCACCUGCCCUGCUGUCACCAGGACAAGUAGACCCAGACCUUUCAGUUUAGAAGAACGUCUCUCUGUGGUGAAUGCCGGGUACUGUGAGCUGAGUCCUGCUCAGGCUUCAUUCUUAUACUGUGUCCCAGUGUACUAUGGAGGCAGAGGACUGAGGAAGCCAGGGUAGUGCUGUGGACACUGGAGGAUUACGGAGUGGGGGAGGGGAGCAGGAGUGGUCCUUUGGGAUGGACGCUCUGUGACUGUAACUCCCAGUGGGCACCAGAAGUAACAAGGGUGCCACGGCAGAACCCGUUUAGUGCACCAGUGUAUAUGGACACUCGUGGACUGAAAGUGCUCUCUUCAAAGUGCUUGGGUAGCUUCAGGCCUCUGGCCAGUAGGGGUAGCUGGGAGGGUCCCUAGGAAUGUCUUUUCUGUUUGAAGAAGGCAGUACACAGCCAAUUCAUUGGUGCCUUAAUACAAGAAAAUAAAAAUCACGAAGAAGCUUUUGUGAAGAGGCUCUUGAUUGCUACACAAGUGGGCGGGAACUCAGGAGCCACCAGGCCUGUGUCUGCUCUACCCUGGGCCUCUCUCUCUGAUGGGAAGGGAGGGCCCGGGGACUGGCUGCCAAGUGGGGAGAACUGGGUGGGCACUGCAGGGCUCUGUGGACAAGGCCCAACAAAGCCUAGUGAGCAGAUGCCCAGCCUGAGCUCUGAGUGGAUUCAGGGUUCGCCUGUAGCCCUGCACAGGGCUGGCUCUCUGCAACGUAGCAGGGCUCUGGCCGUCUGGGCCAUCUAGGGGAUUGGAGAGAAGAGGGAG